AUGGGCUGCGCAAGCAAUCGAAAAAAGCAAACUCGAGAGUUCGCCGAUCAGAAAUGGGAUUAUAUUAACCUGCAAGACUUCAAGGCCAAGGGCUGCGGCCCAGGAUUUGCUUACACCUAUUUGUGGUUUAUGCUGAUUAUUUCAAUUGCCGUCUAUGCCGUCGACAGCUUUACCGCUGUGAAUUUACUCGCAUUCAACAAAUGGUCGUCCAAGAUCGAUCCAGCCAUUCCAUUUGACGUUUCCAAAUGGAUCUUCUCCGUCUGCAUCCUCCUUUCCUUCGUUAACCUCGCCUUUGAGGGAGUACGGGCCUUCCGCGUUAUGAGGCGCGGUAAUGUGGCUGAAUGUUUCCUCGACAGUUUGGCAGUCCGUUGGGAGUCGAUUCGUUUCGGUUCUGGUCAAGGUUGGAGAAGAUUCUUGGUCUUUGCCGAGCUGACCAAGAGUAAAAAAGGCUCUGAAUAUGUCGCUCUGUUUACUUACUUCAGUUUUAAAUCAUGGAUUCGAGUCAUCUUCUGCUCUGGUCCUCGCCAGGUAGUCAACGGUUUGACGCUGAGGUCUGUGUAUGUUGCGAAACUAGCGCCUACGGCCACCAGUGUGGAUGGAGCCAUUCUGGGCUUCUUCGACAAGGUCAAGGUGCUCGCUUCCGAGGAUUACCAACAAGCGGUCAUCUUGUCGGGCAUGUGUUUUACUUUCGUCAUCUGGGUCUUUUCGGCCUUGUUCCUGCUGAUGGCCGUGUUAUUCUACGUUUUCUUCCUCUUCCAUUGGAUCCCACGCGCCGAUGGCGGUUUGAGAGGAUACUGUGAGCGGAAAGUCAACAAGAAACUAUUACGCAUUGUCACCACAAAGGUCAACAAAGCCCUUGCCAAGGGCCAAGCCAACAGAUAUAAAGCUGAACUGGAAUUGGCCAAGAAAAACGGCGAGAAGGGACCGUAUAUGGAUCACAAGGCUACACUGCCCACAAUACCCAAUGUUCAACCUGGCAUGGAUGACAGCCUCCCUCAAAUGCCUACUUUCGGGCGCGACGAGAAGACAGCUACUCUUCCGGUAUACUCAUCCCGCCCAGGCACACCUGGCAGUAUCGAAUUGAGCUCGAUGGAUGGCAGGCGGCCGAUGCAGAGAACCGGCACCUCGGGCUCGCUUUCCAGUUACUCCUCCAACGCCCCCUUGGUAUCUUCUGCUGCAGAUAUGGGAUACUCCCGGUCGCAGUCGCCCGCUCCCAGUCUUGCCGAUUUUGACCUUAAAAACGGGUUCGGCCCGCCAACUCGACCUGGUACAUCAAACUCGCAACGAAGCUUCUCCAGUGGCAGACCGGGGUACGGACCAAUGGCAAAUGGUUCAACAGGUACUCCUCUGAGGACCAUCACUGCCAGUCCCGCGCUGACGGAGAGCAACUUGCCUUCGUAUCCCGGUCCUACAAGAACGCCGACGAAUGGUUCAAUGGGGAGCAAUUAUGGCGCACCACCGCCUGUCAGCCGGAGUAACACAGGGCCUGUUGCGUACCAACCACAAAGCGGUUCGUACCAGCCAUACAAUCCCUACUCUGGCAAUGGUGGCCGGGAAAGCCCGGCUCCAUCAUUUCGAAGCAACGGCGUGCCUCCACCCCAGGUUCGCAGCAUGACGGGACCAGCAGGGUCAAUUGCGCCUCCUAGAAGAGGACCUGGCCCUCAGCAGUAUCCUCCACAGAGAAAUAUGACUGCGCCGAUACCGCCUAGGGGUCCGCUAAGCGGACAAUCUCAAGGCAUGUCACCGAGCUAUCAGACAGGACAAUACGGAUAUGAUGUUGAAUCACAGCAAAACCGUGGAUAUUAUUAA